AUGUCCCAGUUUGUCCCAUUCUCUACAAUUGAUCGACUUGGCUUCAAUGGCUUUCACCAUGCUCGUGCCACAUUCUACCGUCGAGCCAAGGCGCUCUUCCAUGUCGACUCCUACAGAGAUGCGUUGUCUAGUGCUCAGGGCGCUCUGCUGCUGACCCACUACGUAUCUUCUUCUGAUCCGAAAGUGAACACUUACUGGUUAAGCAACGCCAUAUAUCUAGCUAGAUUAGUCAAUGUGCAUCGACACGACAGUCUCAACAAAACUUCUGUCCAAAGAUGGGGUCAAUUGGAGAGGCUCUGGUGUUGUUGCUUGCUUCGAGACCGACUUCUGGGACUCGGACUACAUAGGUCCAUGCAGAUUGAUGCCGAGGACGCCCUUCUUUCUGGAAUCGAGGACAGAGUUCUUCGUACCAAAGCAGAAGAGUCAAUUGUGCACAACUCGACGACCAAGCUAGCGUUGACAAAGUCAUUCUCCGCACUAUGCAGUCUAGCGGCGCUGUUAAGACGAACCCUGGGGACCUUAUCACUCGGUCCUGCAUAUUCAGGUCACGGAGAGAUGAAAAUGACUACUGAUGAAAUCCAGGCUUAUUCAGACCUCCUCGAACAGUGGUUCACUUCGGCUAAAGUGGCACUUUGGAAUCAUGCAAUGUAUAAUUCCGUCAAGAAUGGAUGCCCAGUGCAUUUGGACUUCUCGGAGGGUCGGAGGGCAGUCGAGACCGCAAUACGCGGCAUCGACGCAAGUCUGGAGCAGAUUUCUGAAAAUGGCAUGCUAUCAUUCAUGCCCAUUGCUAUCGUCGCACAUAUCGCGAUUCCCUUGGUCCAACAUAUUAUGAACAUCAAGGUGCAUCGACAGCAGCACGAUGCCAGCACCCACAAGCGCCUGAGCGUCUAUAUUGCCGCCCUCAAUGGCCUUAAAGAACGAUAUGAGGGAGUCGACCGAGUUUUGCAUCAUAUCCGCCAGAUCGUCACCUGUUUAGACGGGCAAGAAAUGUCGACCUCGCUGUCUUCCGACAGCCGGUUCCUCAGCGAUUCUCCGCCAGAUCACAGUGAUGGAGCGGGCAGUUUCACAUACCUGCCCCGGCUUUUCCUGCGGGAGAUGAUUAUCGUCCAACUGGCUUUAGCCAAAGGUCAAUACCCCGAGGACCACGAACUGCCUCCACCGUUGGCCUCUCCCGCGGCAAGCGACGCUAACAGCACAUGUACGUGCUCAUCGAAUGAGAGCUGGAAUCUACCAGAGUUGGGAGAUGCCUUCGAAUCCCUGAGGGACGCAAUGUCCCCUGCCCGUGCGCCUGAGUCCAAGCAAACAGGAAAUGUCUACGGGGACUGUGGGAUCAUGACAGAGAAGCCGACAUCGCCGGCGAUUGCAGCGAGUUUCGACGAUUUCCAUGACCUUUUCAACGACGGAUAG